AUGCCACAUGACUCCGAUCGUGAAGAAUCUUCAUGGUUUUCAAGAUUAUAUGCUAAUUUGGAUGCAUUAACUUGUGGUUGCUUUGCUUGGAGAAAUUACAAGAAUAGACCUGAGUCAUUAGCCACUCGAGUUUGGGAAGCAGUUGAAAACGACAAUACUUCCGAGAACAAGAAGUUUUUAGGUAUAACUCCUCAAAAAAUAAGACUUCCUGAAACUUCUUAUACUGGCUAUGGUGGAAGAACGAUUCUAGUUAAAGAUGUACCACCAUAUGCUCGAAAUUUACCUGAAAUGUUUUAUCGUUAUAGUCCUAAAAGUUGGGCAGAUGCUAAGAAAUAUCAAUUACAGGUUAGAUUAUCUAACCACGUUUUAAAUUUAUUAAGGCAACAAGGAUACAGAGUAAUCUAUAAUAGGCAAUGGUAUGUAAUGUUAAAGUGGAUACAAAAUCCUGAAUUAUAUAUUGAUAAUAAAUACCCGCCAUUUAUUAGAAUCGAAUAA